AUGCAUCUAAGUGAUCUUCAAUUCAGCCUCAUAGCUAAAAUUAAAUUACUUGAUAAUAGUUGUGAUGGGUGGUGUACAAGAGCCAGAGCGGAGGUUGGGUGCACGAAAGCUAUCAACUCGAAGGGGUUUUGUCAAAAGGCGGAGAUAAACUCCAGGUCUAAUGAUAAAUGGAGGAAUUUACAGUCACUCAUUAUACAGGGUUUAAUAAAGCACACUUCUUCCCAAAGGCUGAAAAUAACAGACUCAACUAAAAACCUGCCAUUAAUUGGAGUUGAUUCCCAAGCUAAGUAUCCAUGGAUUUUGAAUUCCUUCUUUAUGGAUCCAUUACCUACAAGCAUCAAAAUCCUUGACUUCUCAUGGACAAAAAUAAAGGUAAAUGGUAACAAACAUAAAGGGAAUGAGGUGGUGAAGGAUAUAGAAAACGGCACAACAAAAGUGUUCAUGAUGAAAGGGAAAGAGGAUAUUCAAUGA